ACAUCCAAGAAGCGGCGUGCUGGCCCUCUCGACCUUUCUUCUACUCGCAGCCAACCCGUCGCCCAGCCCCUCCCUUCCGCCCUGGCCACCGCGCGGACCAUUGAAGAUCUUGGCAGCGUGUCGUACCCCGAGGGUAUCAAGGGUCCCAAGGUCGAGCUCAACAUGAACGCCAAACAUGGCAAGUUCAGGUACGACCGUGACUUCCUCGUGCAGUUUAUGAAGAUCUGCAAGGACAAGCCUGACAACCUCCCGCCACUCGAUGCCAUCGGUCUCGAGCCAUCUGAGCAGGGUGCCUUGCUGUCUGCUGCGCCGCGGUUUCCUGGUCGCCUUCCUCCAUAG